AUGGGGGGUGCUAUGGCUAGGAUCACCGGCGAACACAUCGUCUAUGUCCGCACGGGAGACCGAAAAGGUGCAGGAACCGACGCCAAUGUGUUCCUGAUCCUUCACGAUGAGGAAGGUAACAAGACCCCGGCAAUCAAGUUGAACAGCUUUCUCAGAAAUGACCACGAGCGGGGUGACACGGGGUCGUACUACUUCCCCAAGAAAGAGGGAUUUGGCAGGGUCAGUAAAAUUGAGAUGUGGAGAGAUGCCUUCGGCCUCGCCGACGAUUGGUUCGUGGACAGAGUGACCCUGGAGUACCGAAAAGAGAAAAACUCAAAAAUCUACUUUCCUAUAAAUCGUUGGAUCAAACCGAACAAGAGAUAUAUAUUUAAAAUAUACGACUGCAGCUUGCCACAAGAGGACGAACAUCAACAACAACGUUCAGAAGAACUGGCAGAGAAGAAACAGCUCUACGAAUAUACUCGGAACAUAGAGGGAGGACCUGUUCAG